CUGGCAGCAGUGUGAAGUCAAGGGAGAGAUACCCAAUGGAAGGACACAUCACACAUUUACAGCACACCAUGACAAGGAUAUCUAUUUGUUUGGAGGAAUAUAUGAGUCUAAAGAUGGUCAUAAAACACCAAAGAAUGAUGUAAUGAAAUUAAGCCUAGCAAAGAUGAAAUGGAAGAUGCCACUUUAUGUAGGGAUCCCCCCCGCUCUCAGACACAGCCAUGUAGCAUUUAUUCUUCAUAGCCAUCUCUAUAUCUUUGGUGGCAUGAAUGAGGAAGAAGAACUCAAUGAUAUAAUGGGGAUGAAAUUGAUAAACCCUUCAGAUAGACAACCAAUAAUGAAGCAGAUUCUCUCAGAAUUUGGAAUCCAGGGAGUAAGCAGCAGGUUUACUCCCACCAAAAUACCCAAAGUGAAAUAUGAAUUAGUGGCAUCGCCUUUAUCUGCCAGAAUGGAGUCCCCACGUGCAAUCCCAGCAGCUCAACUCAGAGAUUUUAUUUCUGUGCGUAACCAAGCAAUGGACAUGAUCACAAGGGCCUUUGACUUGCUUGACUUGGAGUUUCAAAAGCUAGACACUGAGAAAGCUGAAUUAGUUCAGGGCACAAUUGCUUUCCAACAAGAAAAGGAAGUUUACAACAAACAGUUCAGAUAUCAACAGCAGGAGCUGCAAGAGAUGCUAGAUAAGCACAAGGCCCAAAAUGAAGCCUGGCUCAAAGCCAGAGCAGAGGAAAAUGACAAGGAAAGAAAAGAAAUAUGUAAACUGAAGGAAGAGAUUCUUCAUGAUCAGGAGAGGCUAAAAGAAGAACAGCAAAAUGUUCAACAGCGCAAUCAGCAACUGCUUUCUAUUAUGCAACAGUUCAAAGGAAUGUGACCAGCCUGCUGAAUAAAACCUGAAUCAUAUGAUCAGGAUCAUAGCAACAUACAACCUUACUUGAACAACUGAGCUCUUAUAUACUAAUAUAAAAAAGAUCCAGUUACUGUGCAUGUUGAAGGACCAUAUUCAGUUAGUGUAAAAAAGAGUUUAAUCUCCCUAGGUUUCUCAUGAGCACUGGAAUGAUAUCUCAAUUAAAUUUCCACCCACUACCUUUCCUGCAUUUUCCAUUUUGAUUCAAUGUUCUUUCAGAUUUUUAAAGAAUUAUCUCCUUGCCUUGUCUGAGCUUAAAAAAGAAGAAAAGGCAGAACACUAUGGCUGCCCCUAUGAAAGCUGGACCUGCAGAGUUUUAUUUCAGGGUCAUGCGGUUAAGAUUAGGAUGUCAUUCAUAUACCAGCAAAAAGAAGAGUGUGGUUGUCAAGUAGGGCAUUCUUGUUUUUUAAAAAAAAAAGUUAAAUAUUUUGUAACAGUGGGAAAGAAGACAGAAACCACAACUAGGAUAAUAUGGUUAUAUUUUAUGGCCAGAUUCUGCUUAUAAUUAAACUGGUGUAACCGAAGAACAAGUCCAUUGACUGAAAUGAAGUUACAUUGAAUUAAUACAGGGGGAAACUAAGAACAGAAUUUUGAAACUGAGCUUUGCAUUGGAGGGACCAAAUAUGGACCAUGUUUAAACAGCUUACAGUAAUAAGGCAAAAAAUCAUGUUUGUUGUGUGUGGAGGAAUUGUCAAAGCUUUUAGGCAUUUUGUUUUCAACCUGAUUCAUGAAAAGGAAAGUUAUUUCAGUCAUCUGCUUCUCUGUAUUAAAAUGCUUCUCCUUUUUAAAUUUCAGUGGGUUGCUUUAUACCAUCAAUUUCAGGCAGAACUCACUGGUGUUUGAAAUCAGUGGGGAGUUCUGCUGAAAAAUUGCUGGCACUAUAUUACCCCACGUCUUAAAAAUCAUUUUUUCAACAGACAAAUUGUCAGUGUUUGUAGCAGGAAAAGUUGGAAAUAUUACACCAUAUUAGUAACAUUCACACCCAAUUUCAGAGGGGAUGUAAAAGUUAGACCUCCUUACACUCAUGCUGUAGUACAUUCAUGCCCAAAGCGUAAGUGGCUCUAAGAUGGUACAAUUUACACACUGUGAAGAAAGGAAAUGUGUGUAAAAGUAGGGGAGAAGUCCUACUUGAACUUACGCAUUCUUAUGUCCUCCUGUUAGUUGGUUUUCUUGGUACACUUCUGUAUGGUCCCCUUGGCAUGAGGGUAUCAACUCAGGCCUGGUCUACACUAGAAAAUUAGGUCAGUUUAACUACAUCAGUCAGGGGUAUGAAAAGUCCACACCUUUGAGUGGCAUUGUUAAGCCAACGUAUGUCUUUGUGUAGCCAGCACUAGGUCAACAGAAGAAUUCUUCAGUCGAGCAAGCUAUUGCCUCUUGAGCAUAAGUACUGGAACUAGAGGUGCUGGGGGUGAUGCCAUGCCCCCUUGUUUGAAGCAGGGCUGGAUUAUCCAAUAGGCACACUAAGCACAUGCUUAGGGCACCAGCAUGUGGGCACCAAAAAAAAAAAGAGGUUUUGUUUUUUUUUAAAUUUGAUAUUUCAAAAAAAGCAUCGAAGUAGUCAUCAUGGGAAAAAUCAGAACUUUGUUAGACUUCCUUACACUCUACUACAUGCUUUCCCCCCAUUUUUCUGUUCUCUUUUUAUUUUUUAUCCACACCUAAACCAGGGUGGCGUCCUACUAACUAGAUCGAAAUAAUGCGAGGA